AUGAGAUUUUUUUUACCUUCUCUUCUUUUCGCAAUUUCGUUGGCCCAAGUAGAAGAGCCUGACAAUUUGGACCAACGUGGCCUAGAUUAUGUCCCGGAACCGGCCUCGAGGGGUGAGGUGGAAUACGAAGAUGUCUUUGAAAGACAGCCCAAGCCAUUGCUGUCCAGGCGGAAUGUCGAAGCGAUCCUAGUCCACCGCGCUGCAGCUAAAGCUACUUCCACAAAGAGGAUUAAUGCUCAAUCGAAACCUGGUAUUAAGAAGCCCACAGCACCCAAGAAAGAUACCACCCCCAAGAAGGUACCUGCGCCCAAAAAAGCUGCUUCCAAGCCCAACGCUGGAAAUAAGAAAGCUGCCCCUAAGAAGGCUCCUGCUCCUAAGAAAGUCGCUACUUCGAACAAGGUUGCUACUCCUAAGAAAGCUGCCCCCAAGAAAGCUACUACUCCAAAGAAGGCUGCUACCCCUAAGAAGGCUGUUCCGGAGAAGGCUGCCCCCAAGAAGGUUGCUUCGAAGCCCAACGUUGCUACUAAGAAAGGUACUCCUAAAAAGUCUUCGACUUCCAAGAAAGGUGCUGCUCCCAAGAAAGCUGCAUCUAAACCCAAGACUGGUACUAAGAAGGCUUCUACCCCAAAGAAGCCCGCCUCCCCAAAGAAGAAGAGCCCCGCGGCUAAGAAACCUGCUUCGAAAACAACAAAGGGGAAUGUUGGGACUAAGCAGCCCCAAGGAAAACAAGACGCAUGCAAUUCUAAGAGAGGUCUCUUUUCGGGAUGGAAAUCGUGCAAAAAGCCAUCACCUACCAAGAAAGCUACCAAACCCCAAAAACCUGGCCCGACCGCAAAGCCUGCAGCCCCGAAACCUACUGUCGGUCCAGCGGCACCCGCUGCACAAGGAGGUGCACCCCCUAACAACAGGCCUACGGGUUUAAGAAAGCCCGGUCAAGGGAUAGCCGCAGGCCAACGGCAACCCGCAGGUCAAAGAAAACCUGCUGGCCAAAGACCACCUGCUGGCCAGAAACAACCUGCUGGUCAGAAACAACCUGCUGGUCAGAGUCAACCUGCUGGUCAGAAACAACCUGCCAAUCAAGGGAAGCCCACUGGCAAAAGGAAGGCCACCCAUACUCCGAAGCCAAAGCCCCCCAACGUACACAAAAACCCCGGUGCCAUAAAACUCGAGCAACUGGCCCGACAAAAGGGAGCCAAGCUCGAGCCGGGACAUUCGUACGCAAUCAAACAAAAGAACACUGCGCUCUUUGGGCAUCAAAAUGUUGCGGUUGUUGACUACUCUAAGCAGAAAAUCGGCGACAUGGACCAUUACAGGGCGUCUGGUAAGAGGUUUGACCUCCACAUUGGCUCGAAAAAGGGGGACUCCAAGGCCAAAGCAACAGAUCCCAACCUUGUCGACGGCGUGAUGGGCACAAAGCCCGGGUUGCCACCGAUUUACUCCAAGCACCGUGCUUACGUUGAGGCCCAUAACUGGAAUCCUCACCACGCCGCCUAUCAGUCGGGUAGUGAAUUCCUAGGCGAGGUCCACGAGCAGUACAAGAACCCCGAUAAUGUGCUGAAGGAAGCCGGUAAGAUUUUAACUGGUGAUCCCAACCGUCAAAGUGGCGGCAGGUAUAAUAUUCUCAGCGGUUGCGUCAAGUCGCGUGGGAAUAAUUGCAGAACCUUGGCCGAUAAACUUGGCAACAACAUCACAAAGAAGCCUUGA